AUGAUUCCCUGUUGAAAUAGGUUAAAUAAAUCAAUUGCAAUUUUGUUGUUUUUCAAAUCCCAGAUUGCCUCUAAGAUACUUUAUAAAGAGAAAAUGCUUAAACAUUUUUAUGGAAUGGUUUUCCUUGAGCACUAGUACAGAUCAUAACAAUCAAAGUGCUGCCAUGUGAAUGUGAUGCAUUUGUUUCACUGUUAACAUGUUUUUUCGUGAACCACCUACAGAUGGCUUCAAUUGAAUUGCCUGAUGUGAAUCUAAAGUAACAAACGAAUUGUUAAAAUAAGAAUUCAGACAAUAUCUUCCAAUGCACCUGUCUCAACCACAGUUCAAAAAUAUACGUAUUCUGCCUCCAUCUAGUGGGGGAAGAAAGGUGUAGGCAGGAAUGGGCAUACAAAAAAAAUACAAUUGUUUAUAUAUACUGUAUAUACAACAUUGUUUUAACCAACAAUGCAUUUCAUUACGAAAUAAGGAUUUGGAUGUGUGUGUUAAAAAUGCUGUCAUGCAGGAUGGACUAUAGGUACACAGCUGGCGUUUAAACCGACUAGCCAAAACCUAAAGCUGACCCUUGCCUUAACAUAUUCUGUAAUUAAAUAUUGGUUUAAGCGACAGGCGGGCCCUUAUAGCCUUUGUCCCUGUCAUGCACUAGAGCAGCAGAGUGAUAACAACCAGCCUAAACCGGCAAGACCGGCUGCCCUGCAACCACACACCUCACCUUUAAAGCCUACCUGGCCCAGUGAGAACCAACGACGUCACCCGUCCUCAGGACAGGUCGCGCGCCACCUUGACAAGGGUUGUAUCGUGGAAUGAGGAACAGAAGAUCACACCAUCUGGACAGAAUACUUUAAGAUAUUAACUCUCAUCGAUAACAACUAUCAGUAAUGUGAAAAUUAGACAUCAUAAAUUGACCGCAUCACAGAAUUUGAAAGAAACCGUUGUAAGUCAGGUCCAGUUUCAGAAUGUACCGCCAGUGCGCGAGUCUGGUGGAACGACACCGGUCAGAGCUGAGUUUCGCAUUGCUGUUGUCAGGCUAUGCGCUCUACCUGAUUCUUGGCGCAUGGGUCUUCUCCGCCGUUGAGCUUCCAUAUGAGCAACGGCUGCGCGAACAGCUGGAGACCGCCCGGCAAAAGUUUCUCUGGGACAACGCGUGCGUGUCUGACAAAAGGCUCGAGGAGCUUCUGACCCGCGCGCUGCAUGCCAAUAACUACGGCGUGUCGGUGCUCGGUAACGCUAGUGAAAACAACUGGGACUUCAUCUCCUCUCUGUUCUUUACCAGCACAGUUCUAACCACCACGGGCUAUGGUCAUACUGUACCACUGUCAGAUGGAGGAAAGGCAUUCUGUGUGUUCUACUCUCUCCUCGGAAUCCCCGUCACUCUCCUCUUCCUCUCCGCCCUGGUACAAAGAAUUAUGGUCCUGGUGACGCGCCGACCUGUGGCGUACCUUCACCUGCGAUGGGGAGUGUCCAAACCAAAGUUUGCCGCUGUCCAUGCGGCAUGUCUAUCCGUUGUUGCAGCACUGCUCCUCUUCCUCCUACCAGCGGUAGUGUUCUGCAGGCUGGAGCCUCUAUGGAGCUACCUGGAGUCCCUCUACUUCUGCUUCAUCUCACUUACUACAAUUGGCCUAGGAGACUAUGUACCUGGAGAGACUCACAAUACCGUUCCCAACUCUCACCGCACGCUAUAUAAGCUGGCUAUUACACUGUACCUGUUGCUUGGCUUGGUCUGUCUGUUGGUGGUGGUGGAGACGUGUUGUGAGCUGCCACAGCUGAAGAGCUUCAGGAGGAGAUUCUACAGAAAAAAUAAUGCUCCAGAGUCAGAGACCAGAGACCAGGAGGAGUUUAGCAGCACAGAACAUGAUCAAAUGACUGACCACCUAACUGAUCAGCUGACCUUCUCCUCAGUGUCCGCCCAGGCUGCCUCCCUCCGCCAGGACAACACAACCUGGCAAUAGCAUAAAAUAGAUACUUCACUGUGUAUUGAUGAGAAUGGAAAUGUGUCUUCUGCCUUAUGCCCCUCCACACACAUACACACACACACACACACACACACACACGUUGAGAUGCAGCCACAGUGCAGCGGGAGCCAUUGUGGGGGGUUAAAAUGUCUUGCUCAAGGGAUUGUAUAUAGAAUCAGAAACCAGCAGCCUUCCAUCUGCCAGUUCAGUUCCAUUCCCAUUUUUGUGUCGCCUGGUCCGGGGUUUGGACCAGCAUCCUCCCAGCUGUUGGGCACGUUCUUUUUUGCAUCGCCUAGUGCUUAAAGUAGACUAUUCCAUUGGUUCUAAAGUGAAUUCUCCACCAACUAGACAAUGCAAAACAAGCGCACCCAUAAAGUGUGUGUGUGUGUGUGUGUGGGGGGGGGUGGUAUUGUAUGCAUGCCACUGUCUUGUGAGCAGGGUGGUUUUGGGUGCUCUACACUUCCUCAUUCAAACAAAUUAGCUAUACUGUUUGAAUGAGAGAUGUGUGGCUAACCAGUGUGUUGUGGGAUUGGCGAUUACUCUAGACCAGAAUCUCCCAAUCUCAGUCACUUUUUAAAAAAUAAAUCAAAAUAAAUUCAGGGAGCUGGCAUUUCAUGGGAGAUAGUCUCCCACAGCUAAAUAAUGCAAUUCAGUAAAGGUAUAGCUUGAGUGGUGGUGGCAUUGAUGGUACUGCCAGGGAGGGAGAAACAUCAGUCAGACAGGCCCGGAGUUUUGCAUCAGGCACCUACCUCUGUGUCUGAAGUUCACAGCUACUCCUCUGUAGGUAGGCUGGAACAUCCACCACCAAAUGUGUAGUACCUACCUGGGUGAUAAUUCGGGAGAUAUAAGAGCCUGAGAGACCACCACACCACAGUCCACAUCCUUCCAGAAACAGGAGCAGGUGGAAUAAAAAGCCUGUGUUGAUCAGGUAUUGAUGCAUUAUUCAAAUUAGAUUAGACAGCUGGCUAGCUAUAGCCAGCUGGGGCGGCAGCGUAGCCUAGUGGUUAGAGCGUUGGACUAGUAACUGGAAGGUUGCGUGUUCAAACUCCUGAGCUGACAAGGUACAAAUCUGUCGUUCUGCCCCUGAACCCACUGUUCCCAGGCCGUCAUUGAAAAUAAGAAUAUGUUCUUAACUGACUUGCCUGUUUAAAUAAAGGUAAAAAAAAUAAAAAAAUAAAAUAAUUUGUUUUUCAACAGGAAAAUGACUCAACAAACCUCCAGAAUGUGUAAGGUCUAUUUUACCAUGAAGGAGAGUGAUGGAGUGCUGCAUCAGAUGAUCGGCCUCCACAAUCCCCGACCUCAACCAAAUUGAGAUGGUUUGGGAUGAGUCAGACUGCAGAGUGAAGGAAAAGCAGCCAACAAGUGCUCAGCAUAUGUGGGAACCCCUUCAAGACUGCUGGAAAAGCAUUCCAGGUGAAGCUGAUUGAGAGAAUGCCAAUAGGCUGCAAGGGGGUCAAGGCAAAGGGUGGCUAUUUGAAGAAUCUCAAUUAUAACAUUUAUUUUGAUUAGUUUAACCCUUUUUUGGUUACUACAUGAUUCCAUAUGUGUUAUUUCACAGUGUAUGUCUUCACUAUUAUUCUACAAUGUAGAAAAUAGUAAAAAUAAAGAAAAACCCUUGAACGAGUAGGUGUUCUAAAACUUUUGACCGGUAGUGUAUGUAUAUAUAUAUAUAUAUAUAUAUACACACACACAUUUGAUAUAAUGUUUAGGGUGUUCAAUCAAAAACGCUUAUUUUGACAAAUGGGUAAAUACUGUAUGUUAGUUGUGUAGAUACUCUAAGAAAUGCCAAGGUCCAAACCUCAAGUCUCUAUCAUAAUCAGUUCAAAAGUUAUUGGAGAAUGGCCAAAAUUAGGAUGACUAAAUCAAUGAAGAAAAAAGUGUUCAGAAAUCUGGAAAAUACCAUUGCAUCAAUUAGGCUGGAUGUUGUGCAAUAAUUAAAAGGCUAACUGACAGUGACAGGCUCACCAUUAAAUUCGACAUCUUUCUUCUCGAAUCUGGACAUAAAACAUUAUAGAGGAAAUCGAUUUUUAGACAUGACAUGUAAAUAUUUUCAGAUUUUAGUAUCCGUUUUUCAAAAUUGGAUGUUUUUUAAAGAUUUCUCACAAAAACAAGCUUACCAUUGUGAAAUGACAACCGCAAGCGUUCUAUUUUCAAUGCCUUUUACAUUUAACCUUUUACAUUUAAUUCAGUUCGUGUGAUGUUAAUUUAGCUUUUUGCGACCGCGGAAACAACUUUGCAGACGAACACCACAACAUGUAAAAUCCCCAAAAGUCGCUCUGUCAACAGGUCUCGGUGCUUGUUAUUGGAUGUAUGAAUCGUGACACAUGAAUCGCAGCAAAUUGGUUCCAUUUCAGCAUUGGUGUAAAGUACUCUAUUAAAAAUACUUUAAUACUAAUUAAGUCGUUUUGGGGGGUAUCUGUACAUUACUAUUUAUAUUUUUGACAGCUUUAACCUCACUACUUUUCUAAAGAAAACAAUGUACUUUUUACGCUAUAUGUUUUCCCUGACACCCAAAAGUACUCCAUACAUUUUGAAUGCUUUGUAAAUUAUAUCUGAGUGUAGUGUGCCCCUGGCUAUCUUUCAUUAAAAAAAACACAAGUAAA